AUGCGAGGGCUGUCCGAUCCUUUCCACCCCUCUACGAACCCUGCCGGCUACCUGGUUCUUCUCGUGGCAGAGAACAAGUUGAGUUGGCCCCUCCUCAAGGCAAAGAUGGAGAAAGUAGGAGAGAUUCCUGACUGGGUGUCCGGGUAUGGCGACCUCAGGGGAGAGGACAACUUCAGGACACAGGUUGCCAAGAUGAUGGAGAAGAGCUUCAUCGGUGCGCCGGUAGAUAAGGAGUGCAUCGUCGCGCAGGCUGGAGCAGGAUCGCUGAUCGACACGCUCUGUUGGUGUGUGGCGGAGGAAGGAGACGUCUGCAUCAUACCGGCCCCCAUGUACUCUGCGUUUCAGAACGAUCUGUAUGCCAGGGCAAGGAUCAGAAUGAAAGUAGCCCACACGAAACACCCGGAGUACAAGAUCACGAGGGAGGUUCUGGAGGAAUCGUAUCAGAGCAGCAUGAAGGAGGGAGGGACUCCCAAGAUCCUCCUCAUCUGCAAUCCUUGCAAUCCCACUGGGUUGAUCUAUGAUGAGGAGACGCUCGAGAUGUGCGUGCGGUGGUGUGCAGAGAAGAACAUGCACUUUAUCAGCGACGAGAUCUACGGCAACUCGAUCUUCCCCGAUGUCAAGUUUACCUCGGUCGCCAAGGUGUGCAGGAGAUUGAAUGCAGGACCGUCAAAGGGGAGUGAUGAAUCAAACUACCUUGGCAACCAAGUUCACAUCGUCUCCGGCUUCUCGAAGGACUUUGGGAUAUCAGGGAUGCGAGUGGGUACUCUGUUUUCACACAACCGUGAUCUCCUGUCCGCUGCCAACAACCUCACCUACUUCCAAGCUGUGUCCAACCACACUCAGUGGAUCUUGUCGCAGUGCCUGGCAGACGAGCAGUUCUUGCAGAACUACAUCUCAGACGUACAAAGGAGGCUCUACGUCUGCUACAAGGGGCUGGAGGAAGCGCUUGCCGCCAUCGAUGUUCCUCUCACACCAGCUCAGGGGACGCUGAUGGCAUGGGCUGACUUCCGGAAGUAUCUUCCCGAGCUCACGUGGGAGGGGGAGAAGCAGCUGUGGUUGGAGCUGUUCGACAAGGCCAAGAUUUUGUUCACCACUGGUAAGUCCUGCCAGAGUGAAGUCCCGGGCUUCUUCCGCAUAUGCUACGCAUGGCCAAAGGCAACGGACGAGGAUCCUGCGAUUGCGAUGAAAGAGCUCAAGUCGCGUUUGAUCAAGCACUUUGCUGGAGCCAAGAAAUGA